CGGAGUGGACAGAUCAGGGUUUUAGCUCCUACACAACAUUAGCUUCAGGAUAACUUUAACAAUUAUGUUUGAGAACUCUAAAUCAAGACUGGCUGUACAACAAUUGUGCCACAUUUCUUCGGAAGAACUCGUGUAGGAUUGCCGUUUUUUGUUUUAAUAUACUGAAUAGUUGUUCGAAUUAAAGAAAGAAAUACUAUAAACCAACGUGAACGAACCCAGUUUGAAAGAUAGAUUAUAUUAUUCUUGAUAUACUUUGUAGCCUAUGUACUCAUAAACAUUGCAAAUACCAAUAUAUUUGUUGUAGACUAUAUCGAAACGCGCUUUACUUAAAGGAAGACGUAGACUAUCGGAGGAAGGGGCUUUUCCAUUCAGCUUAUUUUUUCAAUAACUUAUUUUCCCAUUGUGUAUGCAAUUUAUAUUGUAGCUUAUACAAUGCCUUCUAAACUACAUACAGCUUUAUUAAUCCUUUACAUUACCAGCGUUGCACUCUCAGAGUUGUUCGAAUCGGAGGAAAUCGUACCUGUUAGGAUAAGGGGGAGAAACGGCGGUCGCUUUUGGAAAAGGAGCGAUGAGCAACCUACUUUGAAACUUGUAGCCUUUGGUAAGGACUUCACCUUAAAUUUGACACCGGACGACAGUUUUUUAGCUCCAACUCUAAAGAUUCAGCGUAUUAAAGCAAAGUAUCUUUCAACUCUAAUCAACGGUACGGACGCUCCGGAUGGAAAAGUGCCUCAUCCAAACACGGACCCUCUCAGAAAUAUUAACUCCACCGAGGAGGCCGAAGAAGAUCUGAGAAGUUGCUUCUACUCGGGGACAGUAGACUCAAACCAGGACUCUGUUGUGGCUGUCAGUCUAUGCUAUGGGAUUCAGGGAUCUUUUAUAACGGAAGGAGAUGAGUAUCUGAUUGAGCCCAAGACUUUCAGCACUGAGAAACUGGAGAAAUCUAUCUCCCAGGUACAUGUAAUCAGAAGAAGGGUUUUUCCGGACACGGAAAACGACCACAAAAUCAUAUUUGAUAAUGUGGAAGAUGGGAGCCAAAUAAAAGACCUUUUACCCGAGGCAGACGUUUAUUCACCAGGGAUGGCGAGAAAAAGACGUUUUGUAUCGGCACCAAGAUACGUUGAAACUUUAGUGGUUGCAGAUGCCUCAAUGACACAUUUCUACGGAGACGAGAUAAAGCACUACAUCCUGACUCUGAUGUCGGUGGCGGCGCAGAUAUACCGGCAUCCCAGCAUCAAGAACUCUAUCAACAUGGUGGUGGUGAAGAUGGUGGUGGUGGAGGACGAAGAGGUGGGGCCGUCCGUCUCCAGCAAUGGGGGGAUGACUCUGCGAAACUUCUGCUCCUGGCAGCAGAUGUUCAACACAGCCAGCCACAGACACCCAGAGCACUACGACACGGCCAUCUUCUUCACCAGAGAGGAUAUCUGCGGACACCGGAGCUGUGACACGUUAGGGAUGGCAGAAGUGGGGACCAUGUGUGACCCCAAAAGGAGCUGCUCCAUCAUUGAGGACAAUGGGGUGCAGGCAGCCUUCACAGCAGCCCAUGAGUUAGGCCACGUGCUCAGCAUGCCCCACGACAACUCCAAGAACUGCGAGCAGCUGUUCGGGGCUCUGAGGGAUCAUCACAUGAUGGCGCCCGUGUUCAUUCACCUCAACAAGACCCGGCCCUGGUCCCCCUGCAGCGCCCUGUACGUCACACAGUUCUUCGACAACGGACACGGGGACUGCCUGCUGGACAAACCGGAUAAGACCCUGCCACUUCCCACCCAGCUGCUGGGCCUGACCUACGACUUGGACCGUCAGUGCCAGCAGACCUUCGGGGAGGAGUUCACGCUCUGCCCCAACACCACAGACUCGGAGGUCUGCAGCCAGCUGUGGUGCCAGGAGGAGGGACAGCUGCUCUGCACCACCAAGAACGGCAGCCUGCCGUGGGCGGAUGGCACGUCCUGUGGCUUCAAUGGCACCUGCCUGAACGGCGAAUGCCUGGCGACCCACGAUGCCUUGCGGCCCAAGGUGGUGGUUGAUGGGAACUGGGGGCCAUGGGGGCAAUGGGGGCUGUGCUCACGGACGUGUGGAGGGGGGGUGGAGUUCUCUCACAGAGAGUGCAGCGACCCUGAACCUCAGCAUGGAGGGAAGUACUGUGAGGGACAGAGAGUGAAAUACCAGUCCUGCAACACUCAGCCCUGCCCCGACAACGGAAAGAGCUUCAGAGAAGAGCAGUGUGAGAAGUACAACAGCUUGAAUUACCUGGACUUCCAUGGGAACAUGAAGGAGUGGAUCCCCAAAUACGCAGGCGUAUCACCCCGGGACAGGUGCAAACUCUUCUGCCGCGCGAAAGGAAGCAGCGAGUUCAAAGUGUUCGAGGCCAAGGUCAUCGACGGCACCACAUGUGGUCCAGACACCACCUCCGUCUGCGUGCAGGGCCAGUGUGUCAAAGCAGGUUGCGACCUGGAGAUCGGCUCCAGCAAGAAGCUGGACAAGUGUGGCGUGUGUGGGGGAAAUGGCUUGAGCUGCAGGAAGAUCACAGGCUCCAUGAACAAAGCUCUCUAUGGCUACGGCGACAUCGUGACCAUUCCCGUGGGGGCCACCAACAUCGACAUCAAGCAGCGCAGCAACCGGGGCAUCAAGCACGACGGCAACUACCUGGCGGUGCGGCGCGAGAGCGGGGCCUACAUCCUGAACGGGAACUUCUCCGUGUCCACGGUGGAGCAGGACGUGCCGGUAAAGGGCGCGGUGCUGAAGUACAGCGGCUCCUCCACCACGCUGGAGCGCAUCCAGAGCUUCAGCCAGCUGCAGGAGGCCAUCACCAUCCAGCUGCUGGGCACGGCCGGUGAGGCCUCCCCACCCAGGGUCAAAUACACCUUCUUCAUCCCCAAGGACGUGGUCUUCACCAAGGCCAAGGAGAAGAAGGCCUCCCUGCACGUCCUCCAGCCCUUCGGCGUGCCCCGCUGGACUCUGGGAGAGUGGUCGGAGUGCUCCAAGAGCUGUGGCUCGGGGUGGUCCCGGCGGAGCGUGGAGUGCAGGGAGGAGGACGGCUUCCCCUCCGGCCUGUGUGACCGGGCCCUGAAGCCCACGGACAUCCGGCCGUGCGCGGACCUGCCCUGCCCGCUCUGGCAGAUGGGACCCUGGUCCUCCGGCCCGGGCGAGCGCCAUCGCAGCGUGGUCUGCAUUGACUACAUGGGGAAGGUGGUGGAGCCUGACAAGUGCGACCCGGCCAAGAAACCAAAACCCGUCUCCGGAGAGUGCCUUUCCCAAGAGUGCUGAGGCCCCAGCGGCUGUGCAGAGCUGGUGGAGAGAGAGAGACAGAUAUAGAGAGAGAGAGAAAGAGUGUGUGUGUAUGUGUGUGUGUGUGUGUGUGUGUGUGAGAGAGAGAGAGUGUGUUUGCAUGUGAGAAAGAGCGUGAGAGAGAGGGAGACAGAUAGAGAGUGAGAGUUUGUGUGUGUGUGAGAGAGAGAGGGAGAAAGAGUGUGUGUGAGAGAGAUAGUGUGUGUGAGAAAGAGAGGGAGAGAGAGUGUGUGUGUGUGUGAGAAAGAGAAGGAGGGAGAGAGAGAGAGAGAACAUGGUGGAGUAGAGUAGCGAACUACUAACCAGCCACCCCGACCGUGCUUGGGAGAAAAGCAGUGAAGCUAGGAUGAGAAAAGUGCACUAACUGACCCCAUCAUCGCCACAGAGCAUUAGCCUGUUCGAAAGAUUAACUUAAGUUUGUCAUUGAGUUUUAUUGUUGUUGUUUUUUUAAUAACCACUAUUGAAGUUUUUACCCAAUAGAGAUCUACCUCAGAGGAUGUGAAAUUGUGAUCUUGUAGAUGUUAGGUGAAGAUACUGUAUGCAUAUUUUUUUUAUUCACAAAGGGAAGCUACCUUUGCAUGAUACCUGCUGACAGACAUCUUGUUCUACAGCUCAGGCCAACGACUGAACAGAAACAUGGAUUCAGAGUAAAACUCUCCUCCUGCUUGACCUUUCUCACCAAUUCCAAUUUCAGUUUUAGUGUGGUAUACCCUUAGCAUUGCAAGCAAACAGCGAGGAAGAGAGCUUUUCUUUAAUGUUUUAACAAUUACUGUUUGAAAGGAAACGUGCAUGAGCAACACACAUUUAAUAUAAAACUAUGCCCUUUGAAUAAUUUAAACAAUCUAAACUCUCAACUGUUUAAAUCCUUUCUGUCUGUUGAAAUGCCGCACAGAGCCAACCUCAGUGUAUAUAGUGCACCUCAUACGUUAACGACUUACAGUUUGAAUAUAAUCAGUGAAGCUGUUUCAUAAGGGAAAACAGCAUGUAUAAAAUCAUAUGUUUCCAAUUUAUCUCAUUAAACAUUUCUACUGUCAGCAAUGACUCAACAUUUAGGUCAGAUCAUCAGAGAAUUUUAGAAACAGAUCCAGCAUGGGAUCAUUAAAUUGCUUUUGCAGUGUACUGACAUUCAUUUAUAGAGCCAUACUUUUAAGGCUAUUACAAGAACAUGUUUCAAUACUGCUAAAACUAUUAUCUUCACUACCAUUGUGAAGAUAAGACUAUUUUAGUCACAAUGCCAUGAAUACCAUCAGAAAAACCUUUUUAUAAAAUGUUCUGAAGGAGUGCCCAAGUCUAUUUCUACAUUUUUAUAUAUUUUUACUGUAGUCAUAUAUAUAUAUAAAAUAUAAGGUACUGCAAGAAAAGAAAUGAAUUUCAUCCUGUAAGCUAAAGUCUCAUGCAGUUUACCAUUAAUAAACUGGGGGCAAAUAGAACCUGUUGUCAUGAAAUGACAAGAGAUACUAGCUACAAUGAUUUUGUUUUUAUAUGAAGUACAGAUGUGCACACAUAUUUCCUCCAGGCAAAGGUUGUCAGAAAUAGGGUUGGGCAAAGGGCCUUUCCAGUGCUUCAUGUAAUGCACACCAUACUGUGCUUUUACUUGGGGGGGGGCUUUUGUGUUUCUUUCUUUUUCUCCUUGUGAAAAGGGAGAAGGGAAAAAACAUUUAGAGAGACUUUCAAAACAUAAGUGCUCUUUUCCUCCCCUUAUUAAAACGAAUGUCAUGGUUUCUCUGUUGUUUGACAAUGUACAGUGCCGACUUCCUGUGCCUGUCUUCAGUGGCUGGAGGUCGUAUGAACCCGUCACAAUUUGCAAUGGAUAGUAUUUACCCUUCACUUUCAGGAAACUUCCCCUUUGUGAGAAAAUCGCAUCAGAUGCAGUUGUACGAUAGUUUAUAAACAAAUCAGGAACUGAAAUUAUUCCGGUUCUCAUUCGUAGAAGAGUAUGAAAUUAUAUUUGGAGUUUUUUUACACUUGUGUAAGAAGAAUCAUAGCUUAGGAUAUGACUUGCUCCGUGCCGUGCCGGUUAGGAGUCUGAUCUAAUGCACCCCAGUGUGACAGAGGCAGUGGGUUUUCCCACCAUUUCCUCUGGUCAGUAGAGUUACUUACCCCUUGUUUAAGUGUCAGUAAAUGAGGCCUUUCAUCUUUGGGAGGAGUAUGGUUAGAGAUACAUUGGAAUGCAACCAAAGAGAAUCAGUGUAAAAAAGGAACAUGCUUAUUGGCUGUCCUACUUCAGUUGUCUAGCAGCUAACUUUCUGCCACACAGAGAGUCCAACAGGUUUUAUAAGUAAUACUUUGUGCUUUUUAAAAAGAUGUGUAAUUCAAGAUUCUAAAGGAAACCUAUGCUCUUUUAUGUCAACGUUUUGUACGUCAGAUAUCUUGAUAUUUAACUGUGUGAUGUAGCAUUCCGGUUGUGUACAAAAGACAAAUGAAAACAAAAAAAACAAAAAAAAUGUAAUGGCAUUGUAUCCCUUCAGUGAAGGACUGUACUAUUGCAUUAUUAUAGCUUCCUUUCAAAGCUAUUUAUUUUUGUAAAAUUUAUACAUUUGGACAUCAAAUUAUAACAGUAUGAUUUUUAGUGCUGCUGUUUUCCAGAAUUAUAUGUAAUUAACAAAAUGGUAUAAAAAAAUAAAUGAAUGAAUAAAGAUGCCUCUAUUAACA